AAAAUGGGGGAGUGAAUUCCCAGUAAUCGUGUAGGAAAAUGGAGAUUCAACUCGCUCUCUCCACUCGAAGUUAACCACUACAUUGUCCUUUGUUCCGCCAUUGUUGCGUCAUUGUCCAUAUUCUGAACCUUAAACCCAGAUACUUCACGUUCACGCUGCUCCAUUUUUAAAUCUUUUAAGCUUCAUCUAGCUAACUAAGAAAGGGGAAGGAAGCAGCACCAGAACCCUGAUGGGUCCUCACUUCAUUAGCUCAUUAGCUCUCAUUGUCUUGCUUGUGACCCCAAAAAGGUUAUAUGGUGCUUCGUUUACAUUCGUCAACCGAUGUGACUAUAAUGUCUGGCCUGGGAUUUUAGCAAAUGCAGGCAGUCCUAAACUCGACAGCACUGGAUUCGUGCUCCCAAAAGACUCGUCUCGUUCGUUUCAAGCUCCGACGGGUUGGUCGGGUCGUUUCUGGGGCCGAACGGGCUGCAAAUUCGAAGGAUCCGGCUCCGGAACCUGCCUGACAGGCGACUGCGGAUCGGGUCAGGUGGAAUGCAACGGACUCGGAGCUGCCCCGCCCGUAACUCUGGCUGAGUUCACUCUUGGAACAGGCGGGCAAGAUUUUUACGACGUCAGCCUCGUUGACGGCUACAACAUGCCGAUGAUUGUCGAAGGCAGUGGGGGGUCCCGUCGUUGCGCUUCUACCGGGUGUACGACCGACUUGAACCGACAGUGUCCGUCGGAACUCCGGGUCGGCGACGGCGACGCCUGCAAAAGCGCGUGCGAGGCGUUUGGAAGCCCUGAAUAUUGUUGUAGCGGCGCGUACGGCACACCCGCCACAUGCAAGCCGUCCGUUUAUUCCGAGAUGUUCAAGGCCGCCUGUCCCAGAUCUUACAGCUAUGCGUACGAUGAUACUACGAGUACUUUCACCUGUACUGGCGCAGACUAUACGGUGACGUUUUGUCCAUCCUCUCCAAGUCAGAAAUCUACCCCUGUAACAGAAACAACUCCAACUACCCCAAAGACAGGCUCAACAUCACAAGGAUCAGGGUUGGAACCCGGGUUAACGUAUUCGGGUAACGGUUAUGGAUAUCCGGGUUCCGGAUAUACAAGUUCAGGUUAUGUAUACCCUGAAAGUGGUUACUCGGGUUCGGGUUUGAACACUGAACCAGAAGCAGGAGGGUCUGGGCAAACAAUGUUGACAGAUGGGUCAUGGUUAGCUGGUUUAGCAAUGGGAGACACACCAGCAACAGCUCCUUGUAGUCUACUCAUUGCAUUAUCUCUUUGGUUUUCAUGGCAUCAAUUCUACCUGUAGCCCUUCUCCAUCUAUGUAGUACGGCCUUUUUUAUUUUUUGGUUUGGUUUGUUGGUGUGAAUUAUUUAGAAAAU